AUGUCUUCAGUCACAACAAAACCCACCAGAUGGUACCACUGGUUUGAACCAGGCACAGACCGCAGAGAGAAGAUUCUAAUAUGGAAACUGGAUUUCUUUAUCCUCUCGUACUCCAUGAUGGCCUAUUUCUUGAAGUACCUUGAUCAAACCAACAUUUCCAACACCUACAUCUCCGGAAUGCAGAAGGACCUGGGCUUCACAAAGAACGAGCUUUCGUGGUUCAACACCUACUACAACAUCGGAGUUUGUAUUGGAUCUAUUCCAGCCGUUUUGCUUGCUGGUUAUUUCCGCCCUAGAAUUUAUCUCCCCACGCUCGACCUGCUGUGGUCUCUCUGUGUCCUGUUUAUUUACCUGGCCAAAAACGCAGAAACUAUCUACGCCCUGAGAUUUUUGAUCGGUCUGUUUGAGUCGUCCUGUAACCCAGGAACGCACUACAUGAUUGGAUGCUGGUAUAAAAAACGUGAGAUUAUGAGACGGUCGAACUUUUUCGUUCUGGCUGGUAUCAUUGGCCAGGCCACUUCCUCCUACAUCCAGUCUGGUUUGCAGUCCUCGAUGGACGGUAAGCGUGGUCUAGCUGCUUGGCAAUGGAUGUUCAUCAUCGAUGCUCUUAUCGGAGCUCCGGUUAUCAUAUACGGAUACCUUUUCUUGCCUGACUAUCCUCACAACACCACCGCUUUCUACCUCAACGAUUGGGAAAGAAAUCGUGCUAAAGAAAGAUUGGUUGAGGACGGCAGAGUGUCUAAGAGAAUCACGUUCUCGUUGAAAGAAAUCAAGCCUGUGCUCCUUUCUUGGCAAUUGUGGACUUUCUGCAUUGGCUACUGUUUCUGGACGCUUACUGCAGGAUCUUACAUGUUGCAAUUCUUCGAAUUGUACCUCAAGUGGCUCAAGAUCUACUCUAUCAGUUAUAUUAAUAACUUCCCAACCAUCAUCUCCGGUGUCAACUUGGUGACAAUGCUUUCGACAGGUGUUAUCUGCGAUUUGACCGGAAACAGAAACUGGGUGUGUGUGGGAGUUGGUCUUGUUCUUCUGGCCUCAUUCCUGAUCACCGCCAAGGGUCCUCUCGAUAACAUACCGCUUCGUAAGGCUGGCUACAUUUUGAGCGGAGUGUACGGUUGUUACACGCCAAUUCUCACUGGUUGGUGUAAUGUUGCGUGCGGAAAGAACCCGAUUUUGCGUGCAGUCACCAUUCCUGCCAUGAUUGUGGUGGGACAAGCCGUGGUGACUCCGUUCCAGCAGCACCUGUUCCCAUCGAGCGAGGCUCCAGUGUACGGAUCGACGCAUGGAUUCUACUACUGUAUUGGAUUUACGUGUGCCCUGGUCGUGUGGACCGGAUUUGUUAUUCCUGCUUUGGAGAAAUGGAGUUCCAGAAAAGAAGAUAAACAACCUAAGGUUGAGGAGGAGCCAAUUCCAGAGAAGGAGUUUGAGAUGCUCUAA